GGCGCAGCCGCUCCGCGCAGCGUCCGCACCCCGCGUAGCAGCACAGCAUGGAGCGCCGGGUCGCCCGCGAGUUCCGGCACAAGGUUAAUCUGCUAAUUGACAAUGAAGCGGAGAAGGAUUACCUUUAUGAUGUGCUGCGGAUGUACCACCAAUCUAUGAACCUCCCAGUGCUUGUGGGUGACCUAAAGCUCGUGAUUAACGAACCAAGCAGGCUGCCUCUGUUUGAUGCUAUCCGCCCACUUAUUCCAUUAAAACACCAGGUGGAGUAUGAUCAGCUUACACCCAAAAGAUCAAGAAAACUGAAGGAAGUGAGAUUGGAUCGUUUGCAUCCUGAAGGACUUGGAAUAAGCGUGAGAGGUGGAGCAGAAUUUAGUUGUGGCCUCUUUAUCUCCCAGCUAGUUAGAGGAGGACAAGCAGACAAUGUUGGACUUCAGGUUGGGGAUGAGAUAGUUCGUAUAAAUGGAUAUUCCAUCUCAUCAUGCACACACGAGGAAGUGAUAAACCUCAUUCGUACGAAGAAAAUAGUGUCCAUAAAAGUGAGACAUGUUGGAAUGAUACCGGUGAAAAGUUCUGCAGAUGAACCCCUUAAAUGGCAAUAUGUGGACCAGUUUGUGUCAGAUUCUGGGGAAGGAAAGGGCAGUGUUGCUGGUCUUGCUUCUUCUGGAGGAAGAGACAGUAAAGAGAAGAAAGUCUUCAUUAGCUUGAUCGGUACAAAAGGCAUGGGAUGCAGUAUUUCCAGUGGUCCAACACAAAAACCGGGCAUUUUUGUCAGCAAUGUUAAGCCGGGUUCUCUUUCAGCAGAAGUGGGCUUAGAGGUUGGUGAUCAGAUUGUUGAGGUGAAUGGGGUGGACUUUUCAAAUGUGGAUCAUAAAGAGGCUGUCAGAGUACUCAAAAGUAGCCGUACUUUGACUAUCUCUGUAGUGGCAGGCGCUGGAAAGGAACUAUUCAUGACUGAAGAAGAGAAGCAGAGAGAAGCACAUCUUCGUGAGCAGGAACGCCAAGAGUUAAUGCAUCAGAAGCGACUUGCACUGGAGACUAACAAAAUCAUCAAAGAACAGCAAGAGAAAGAGAGACUAAGAAAAAUGGAAAUUUCCCAGAAGGCUGCAGAGGAAGAGGAGAGAUAUCGCAGAGAAAUUGAGCAGAUAACAGCAGAGGAAGAGAAAUUUAAAAAGGAGUGGGAAGAAGACUGGGGGCCUAAAGAGCCUCCCAAACCUCUAAAAACUGUAACUGCAGAAGUGCAUUCUGCUCCUCGUUCUAAACACAAAACUUUUGGGUGGUUUUAUCGGUAUGAAGGAAAAUUUCCCACAAUCCGCAAGAAAGGAAAGGAGCAAAAGAAGUCAAAAAGUGACAGUUUCUGUGAACAGAAGAAGAAUAAAAAGGAAAUGGAAUUUGAGCAAAGACUUGCCAAAGAGAAAGAAGGAAUGCUGGAGAGAGAAAAACAACUGAAAAUAAAUCGUCUUGUGCAGGAGGUAUCUGAAACAGAACGUGAAGAUCUGGAGGAAUCAGAAAAAGUGCAGCAUUGGGUGGAAAGACUUUGUCAGACACGGUUAGAACAGAUUUCCUCUGUGGAAAAUGAGUCUCCUGAGUUGGCAAGUGGACGUCCUUCUGCUUCUUCCUCUGCCACAUCAAUGAGGAGGUUUGCUGGUGGUCUACAGCUUCAUACCACUGAUCUUGAUGAUAUAAACUUAGAUGAAGUUGGGAAACAUGUGGCACCAUUUCCACCACCACCACUUGCUGUUACUCCAGUAUCGUCAGCUCAUCCACUUCCUGUAUUGAACGUUCCACUUUCUAAAGGUCCAGUCCUAACAGUAUCACCGGCUUCCCAGGUUGUAAGAAACACCUCCCACGUUGGCAAAGUGUCUGCCGUGUCAAGCAGUCCGCUGCAAUUUGCUCCAAGUCCACCUACCCAACGACAUCCAGGGGUACCAAUAAUCUCUAAACCAGUCAUGCUUCAUCCUGACCCAAACCUUAUGGUCAGGCCAACUAUCAAAUCAGAGGCCCUGCCACAAGAGAUGUUUAAAAGGAUGGUGGUUUACAAUUCAUCAUUUAGAUCUAACAAAAAACAAGGCUUCCAGAAAUAUGUGGAAGACUUCGAUCCACAUUCAAUGUUUACUCCAGAGCAGAUUGUGGGAAAAGAUGUACGCCUCUUACGCAUUAGAAAGGAAGGAUCAUUAGACCUUGCAGUUGAGGGAGGAAUUGAUUCUCCUGUUGGAAAGAUAGUUGUGUCUGCAAUCUAUGAGGGUGGUGCUGCAGACAAACAUGGAGGCAUAGUGAAAGGGGAUGAAAUACUGGCUGUUAAUGGCAAGAUAGUAAUUGACUGCAGACUGGCAGAAGCACAAGCAACUCUGGCAAAUGCUUGGAACAUGGGUGGGGAUUGGAUUGACUUAGUCAUUGCAGUGUCACCUCCAAAGGAAUAUGAUGAUGAAAUGACUUUUUUUUAAAGAAGGCUACACUGAAGAAAUUUGGUCUUUUCCCUGAACAAACCUGCUGCUCUGGAAUUUCAUAGAAAAUCAAAAGCUACGUGAAAUACAUUUAUAUUUUAAAGAAACAUGAACAAUUAGAAUCUGCAGAUUGAACUUCAUGUUCCUCAGGUUAUACGAGUAAUUUCAAAUAAUUCUUCAGACAUACAGCAAAAAAAAAAAAAAAAAUUGUUUAAAGACCGCUUAGAAGGGCUGCUGUGAACACAGCUUUAUCUGUGAGAACUCAAAAUACAUAUUUUUCUCUAUUUUUGGAAGAAAUAUUAAAAAUUAUCUUGCAGUUUUCCUGGGAAUAUACACUAAAAUGACAGAUGAAGAUAGAUCACAGAUGUCUUUUCCCACAUGCAACGUUUGUGGCUAUACAUUCACAGAGUAGUUUGGGUGCGAGAAGAAUUAUACUUUUACCUUGUACAUAGUGAUUUUCCACAGGGGAUCGGGAUGUAUAUGGGUAAUUUCUGUUCUCACUGAUAGGCUUGUAAUAUACAUUUCUGUUGCCUGGUUGUGAGUGGUUUUGAUUGUGAAAACCCUGCCUGUGGAAGAGCUUCUAUACUAGUUACACCAGUAGUGAUGGUGUUAUUUGGAAUAAUAUUGGCAGUGCCUAUAUGCUAUAAAGAAUAUUCCACCAGCAAAAUAAAUAUCAAGCAGGUAGUCCAGCUAACAUCACUGUGUGCAGUCAGUUAUGCUAAUGUGUGUUUGUACUGGUCCGUAAUAGAAGUAGGGGUGGCAAAUUUGGGUCUGAAUCACAGUCUGCAGUUGUGUACUUAGUUCUUGGUGAAUUUACACACAACUAACUUGUGUAGUCAGAAAGCAUAAAAUUUCAUUGUUGGUGAUGUUCUUCUGCUUAAGAAAUUUUCUCCAGACCAUAGAAUCUAUAAUAGCCUGACUAUAAGGAAGUCUGAUUACAGUCACAGGCUUAGUCAUUUCUUUAUAUGGUCAGUGUGUCUCCUUGGAAAUGUAGUUGUCUUUCUUCUUUCCUUGUAUUUGCCGGUUUGUAUAUGGUUACUCAUAUUGUGCAUAGAUUUUUCUUACCUGGACUAAUGAGAUCCAAAAUUUAUACUUCUCUGGCUUAUCAGUUUCACACAGAAGUUUUGCUGCAUCAACAUCUGGAAGCACUCCUUUCUGUAACACAGGAAAAUAACAAUUAUAUUUCUAAAGAACUCUGUGCUUAUAUGGAGAUAAACAAUUUUGUUGACUUCAUUUUAUUUGCAGUAUGGUUCCAAUAUGCCAAUUAGUUUGUCUGGCAGGGUACACGUGUUAAAGUUCUAAACAUUUUAAUUCUGUAAUUCUCACAACUAAUCCAGAAAUAAAAUUGAAUAUGCCAAAUGGAAAAAAA